AUGGUGAUUGAAACUCUUGUCGAUAAUUUAAAGACAGCAGUUUUAAAUGGCAUGAUAACUGAAAUAGUUUCACUCACAAGUGAGCUUCGAACCAGGAUUGCCUCCCUCGGCACUAUUAAUGAUGAUGACCGCAGUGUGUUGAAAGAUAUCGGACAUGGGUACAACAGAUCUGCCCACUCUCCCCGUCGAGCAAACCACCAUAACGCUGCCCAUGAUCUUUAUUACCUCUGCAGGAACAUCAACUACAACAAGUGUGACAACACCGACAACAACACCAUUAAUAUCAACAACAACUGCACCGGCAGCAUCAACAACAGCAGCACCGAUAACAACAAUAGCACCGACAUCAACAACACCGACAACAACAGCAGCACAGACAACAUUAGCAACAUCGACAACAACAGCAGCACCGACAACAACAGCAGCACCGACAACAACAGCAGCACCGACAACAGCAGUAGCACCGACAACAACAGCAGCACCGACAACAACAGCAGCACCGACAACAACAGCAGCACCGACAACAACAGCAGCACCGACAACAACAGCAGCACCGACAACAACAGCAGCACCGACAACAGCAGCAGCACCGACAACAGCAGCAGCACCGACAACAACAGCAGCACCGACAACAGCAGCAGCACCGACAACAGCAGCAGCACCGACAACAACAGCAGCACCGACAACAGCAGCAGCACCGACAACAACAGCAGCACCGACAACAGCAGCACCGACAACAGCAGCAGCACCGACAACAACAGCAGCACCGACAACAACAGCAGCACCGACAACAACAGCAGCACCGACAACAACAGCAGCACCGACAACAGCAGCACCGACAACAACAGCAGCACCGACAACAACAGCAGCACCGACAACAACAGCAGCACCGACAACAACAGCAGCACCGACAACAACAGCAGCACCGACAACAGCAGCACCGACAACAGCAGCAGCACCGACAACAACAGCAGCACCGACAACAACAGCAGCACCGACAACAACAGCAGCACCGACAACAACAGCAGCACCGACAACAACAGCAGCACCAACAACAACAGCAGCACCAACAACAGCAGCACAGACAACAACAGCAGCAACAACAACAGCAGGAGGAUAAACUUUAAAAUUUUAUUACUACAAUGUUUCUUUAGUAAGCAACGUGAACCGCAACACCCACGCCAUCAUUGUUACUAAUGCAGUUGCAAUCAUUGCCACCAACAGCAGCAAAAGUAACUGCAACAACAACAAUAACAACAACAACAACAACAACAACAACAACAACACUAGUAGCACCAACAACAACAAUGCAUGAAUGAUUACAGUGGCACCAACAGUUAUAACGAAGGCAAGAAAUCGAAAGAUAACGAAAACCAAAGAAAAAAAAAUAAGACGAAUCUUAGUCUAUUGCCUAAAAAAAUCAUGUGAUCAAUACUAAGAAAAGAUUAUAUAUAUAUA